CAGGUGGCAGGCGUCUGGACCGGCGAGGGCGGCAUCGUAGAGCUCAGCGUUCAGGGCGACAACGGCGAGUCGGUGCCCAUCAUCGCGAAGAGCAUCGGCACCUACAAAAACUGCGACAACAUGUCGCUCCAAGAUCACUGGUCGUACGGCUUACAAUGAGGCCGCAUUCUACGAGACCGACCUGCCAGACCGGAUGUGUGCCGCAGGCGCGCUGUGCCCGCGGCCGCUACUGGUCGAGCGGUCCGCCUCGGGACAGCCGCCGAACGGGCGCAAGCGCAGGGCGGGCACCCUGCAGUCCUCGGACAGAAUCCAAGGCUUGCUCCGGAGGUUCAAGGUCCUGCCAGAAGACGGCGGGGAGGAGAACGACCAGGCUGUGAUUUGCAUGACGAAGCUGCAGGGUGGGAUGUGGUCUUCAUCGCAGGCCGAGCCGGCGCUGAGCUGGCUGGCGCGGCUGCACGCGCUGUUCUGGGGCGAGGCGCGCGCAUCUGCCGCCGUGGCAGCCGGUGUCUCGGACCAGGCUGGCUUCUGGCACCUGGACAACAGGUCGAUCGAGUUCGACAGGAUGGGCGACGGCCCACUGAAGCGGGCCGCGGCCGGUGUGGAUGCCCGGCUCAAGGCGGACGCGAUGCAGACAUUGUGCCACGGCGACCCCAAGGGUGCGAACAUCAUGUGGGAUGCCGAGAAGGGGGUGCUGAUGUAUGACUUCCAGUGGUUCGGCAAGGGGCCGCCCACGAAGGAUCUCACGUACUUCUUCGCCACCGCCGCCCUGAACGGCAGGCGGUGGAACCAGUCCAAGGAUCAAGUCGGGCCUGUCCCUCCUGCUGGAGGAAUAUUCACAAGCAGUCGAAGAAAUAGCCGGGGACGAUUGUUUUCGAGUACUGCUUGACAAUUUUUUAAUAUGUUUGGAAUAUGGUUUCAUCUGCCCUCCGAAAUCCGCCUGUAGGGGGGCAUGCCCGACCUCAUCCAAGGAGGAGCAGUACCUACGCUUCUACCACCGGGAGCUGUGCGCGCUGCUCGAGGCGCAGGGGGACGAGCCUCCGACGUUCGAGUACCUGCACGACUCCUACAGGCUCGCCUGCUUCGACUACCGCAGGUGGCAGGAGGGCGGCUUCUCGUGGGGCAAUCAAGACCUGCUCGACGCUGGCGUGGAGCACGUCCUGAGCAAGAUCGGUGCGGGUGGCAAGGCGCCGACGACGGAGGAGGAGUACACGGAGCGGAUCUUCCAGUGCUUCCCGCCCUGAUGCUCUCAGGGGCCCUCGGGCCCUGGCAUCGCAGAGAGGUCGCGACAGCUGGUUUUGCAACAGCUCUCGGCCUCCAAAAGCCGUCUCCCGCCCCGGAGGCCGUCCAAAAGCUGCUCAUGGUGAAGACUUGCCGAUCGCGAUGCCCGGGGGCCCACGUCGCGUCGGAGGAGGGAGGGGCACACGCGCGCGCUUGCCGUCCGGAGAGCUCCGGAUAGGGGCUCCGCCUCCGCCGUAUCGAGAAUUUGACAUCUCGGCCUCGCCGGGAGCGGGCGGAAGUAA